UGCACCUGUUGAGCGUACAACGUUUGCAGUAUCUGUGUAUUAUUACCUAAAAUUGUGAACAAAAGCAGUGCAGACUGACUGCAGUGUUAUCUGGACAGGAUCAACUUGAAUAGAUUUAUCUUGUGACCCUUUGGAGGGGGCCGACCCUUAGGUUGGGAACUUGACUAAACUGUCUAAAACUAGCUCCAUCCUGCCCAGCAUGAACAAGAAAAUGCUGCUUAGCCUACACACUGAUGCAUAAAGUAUGGCCUCUACAAUAUGCCUCCUCCCCAAGAAGCACUUCUUGUGCUUUCUGUGUAGAGACAUCUUCACCAGCCCAGUGACUACACCAUGUGGACACAGCUUCUGCUUGUCCUGUCUCUGCCACUACUGGACACAACACCAGUCCAAAUACUGCCCCCACUGUAAGAGAGUGUUUACUGACAGGCCUGAGCUCAGUGUCAACCGCAUUCUGGCAGACCUCUCAGACAAUUACAGGAAGACUCGACCACAGAAACCACCUGAUGAGGAAAUGGUUAUAGAUGUUGAGCAAAUGAUUAAGGAGAGGCUGCAGAAGAUAGAAAGGUUGAAAUAUUCCCUGGAGCUCCAAAAGAACUCUUACCUCAGAGAGGUGCGAGAGAGCCAGAAGGUCUUCUCUGCCCUCGUAAAUGCUAUGGAGAAGAGUCACAAAGCGGUCGUUGCAGCAAUUGAGGAGAGACGGGGAGAGGAGGAGAAGAGAGUAGGAAUACUGGUGGGAGAGCUUGAACAGGAGAUCCAUGAGCUGAGGAAGGAGGCCGCUGAAUCUGACCCAGAGAUUCCUGUAAACAGUGAUCAAAGUGACGAUAUGAAGCAAAACAGUGUUUCCACUCUGUGCCCCUCUGAGAUGAAGGAGUGGUCCAAGGUAACCAUAGAAACUGACCCUUGUGUUGGGGUCACCAGACGAGCACUGUCAGACAUGAUGGAAAAGAUAAAGGUAGAAAUCAACAGGCUCUCCAAAUCUGAACUUAAGAGAAUAGAGAAAUACACAGUGGAUGUCAAUCUGAGUGCUAAGACAGCCCACCCCUUUCUCUCUGUCUCAGAUGACAGAAAACAUGUGAGACACACAGACAAGCUUCAGGAGGUAUCAGAUCACCCCAAGCGGUUUGAUUGUGUGGCAAACGUGCUGGCCAGAGAAAGCUUCUGCAGUGGGAGGUGCUACUGGGAGGUGGAGGUUGGGGAGAAGAUCGAGUGGAACCUGGGUGUUGUCAGACAGACCAUAAACAGGAAGGGCAAGUUCACUGUCUGCCCUGCAAAUGGUUUCUGGACUUUGAGCCUGAAGACUGGAGGCCAGUACAUUGCCAACACCUCUCCUGUCACCCCAUUGGCUCUAGAGCAGAGACCUAGGAAGGUGGGCGUGUUUCUGGACUACACAGAAGGCCGUGUGUCCUUCUACUGCGCAGAAUCUGGAGUCCACAUUCACACCUUCACAGAUACAUUUACUGACAGGCUCCAUCCAUUCUUCAGUCCUGGUCGCCUGCAUGGCAGCAAAAAUGCUGCUCCCCUAAUCAUCUGUUCUAAUUUCUGCAGCAUCUAAACAUCAUACUUAAUACACGAUUUAUAAAUCUUCAGUAUAAAUACAGUUGUGAUUAUCUUUUCAGUAUCAAUCCAGUGUGUCAAAUAUAUUUAUUUACUUACAAAUCCAUAUGAAAAACUACAAUGAACCACAUUUUCCCUGUCAGAACAGUGAACAAGAGGUUGCAUAAGGACUGACUCCCUGCACUCGAAAAAACUUCAAUGAAACCCAUAAACAGAUUGAAAAGGAAAGAGGAGGGUACAAGAAAAGAGAAGGCUCUCAUAAAUGAACAAGCGAGUCAAAGUCAAAAAGAAGCGAAAAUGGGUUGCUGAGUUGGAUGGAUGCGAGGGGCUGCAGGGUUGGGACAGAGGUUGACGAGGAGCAGGGAGGGAGGGCACAGCAAAACAGCAGGGCAUUGUGCUUGUACACCAGGCACUGGGAGACACACUCAAACACAUUCACUCAUUCACACACUGACACAGUCGUGCACACAAGCGCAUGCUUCUGCCCACUGCCACACAGACUUGUGCUGGCAUCUCGGAGGGCAGCCCCAUCUCCAGUCCAGUGCAGGGUGUCGAAGCUGAUCGACUCUCUUUGCUUCAGUUCACCUGACCUCUGAGAUAGAGCCUCCCCUGCUCUCCAGCCUUUCUGUGGACUGAACUGAAUUCUCAGGGCCGUCAUUCACAACUCCAGGCAUCCCAACUGAUCUACACGAGCAAAGGAGCAGUACCACUAACCUGUGGACCAAGGGGAGCAGUGAGAGUACUUCAUUUGAGGAUACCUGUCCUUGUCUAACCCAAGCUGAACUCAACGACAUCAUUACCCGAAGACUGAAGAUCCAGUAGUGGAGCACAAUAUUUCCAGUACUGUCACUGACUGUCACAUUUCUUUGUGAGACUAUAAGUUGGUACUCUGCAACGAAAAAGACUGAAAUAAAACCAAGACGUCCAUCUGAUUCAAACAACACCUUUCACCAUGGCAACCACGGGCAUGCAGUUGCUGGGCCUAAUCAUGUCCAUUGUGGGCUGGGUGAGUGGGGCGAUAGUUUGUGCCAUCCCCCUGUGGCGAGUCACUGCCUUCAUCGGUAACAACAUAGUGACGGCUCAGAUCAUUUGGGAAGGCCUUUGGAUGAAUUGCAUUGUGCAGAGCACAGGUCAGAUCCAGUGUAAGGUGUACGACAGCUUGCUGGCUCUGCCCAGUGACAUGCAGGCUGCCCGAGGCCUCACCGUGUUCUCCAUCCUAAUCUGUGGCCUGGCUCUGGCUCUGGGGGUCCUAGGAGUCAAGUGCACAAAGUGCAUCGGUGUAAACAGCCUCAAGGCCCGUAUUGCUCGCAUCUCUGGUGCCCUUUUUGCCAUUGCAGGGUUCCUCUACCUUGUGCCCAUCUGCUGGACUGCCCACUCCAUCAUCAGGGAUUUCUAUGAUCCACAUGUGGCGGCCCCACACAAGCGUGAGCUUGGCCCUGCCCUUUACAUUGGCUGGGGGGCAUCAGCCUUGCUCCUCAUUGGAGGAUCUCUGCUCUACGCUGGGUCAAGUCCCCCUGGCAUCCCAGGCUCUCCCACCUUCAGCAGUGGAGAAAGUAGUCCUCGCAGGGCACCUGCCACACAAGUCAAAGGUUAUGUCUAAGUUUCCAAAAUGUCUGAAUGCCUUCAAGUCCCACAAAUAUACCCCAAACGAUGACAAACCUGAUUCAUUUCCUUUUGAUUUUGCUUCUUGUAAUUAUUUUAUAUUUAAUGUUAUUCCAGUUUGCUUUUUUCUCUGAAAAGCUGCAGGAGGCUGUUUAGGGAAAAUUGAACUCAUUUCAUUAUUUCAUAUCCUUCAGUAACCUUUUUUCUCUGUCUGUCAGUGUAAAAUACAAUAAAAUUGUUGGUCCUCCAAAUCCUC